AUGGCACAGUUGAUUACCGACGGUUCGAAUCACGGGGUACAUCCCUUCGUCUGCCAACUUCGAGAUGUCGAUACACAUUUACCGCUAUCCGGGAUCGAGUUGGGAGACAUAGGGACCAAACAGGGAUGGAAUGGGAUCGACAACGGAUACCUGAGGUUGGACAACGUGAGGGUACCAAGAACCAACAUGCUCAUGAAGUAUUUCGUCGUGCACAAAGACGGUCGGUACGAGCGGAUCGGGUCGAACGAUAAAGCCAUCUACUCAACCCUGAUCUACGCCAGAUCAUUGUGCGCCAGUUUUUAUGGCGGGAGAAUGGUCAUCAUGGCCGCCUCUGUGGCCAUUAGGCACUGCCUGGUUAUGAAAUGCGAUAAAUACGGUUCUCUAUUCGAGAAUCGAUUCGUGAAGAAUACACUGGUCACCGAACUGGCAAGCGGCCUCGCCAUCUGGCUGGCCGGCAAUGCUCUCUCCAAUGAAUACAAACGGUUGCUACCGAGAAUCAUGGAUGGAGACUCGAGUCCUCUACCAGCGCUCCAUGCCAUAUCGUCCGGAUACAAAGCCCUUUCGACAUAUUUGGGCCCUGAGGGGGUGGAGAGGUGCAGAAGAUGCUGUGGUCAGGUCGGAGGUUUGGUGGCCAGUGGACUGCCAAUCAUCUCCGAGACUGUCUCGCCAGGUGUCACCAUUGACGGCGAUAAUACUGUUAUGUAUUUGCAACUUGCUAGAUACCUUGUAAAGUUGGAACGAAGAAGAAGAGAAGACGGAGAUUCAAAGAACGAAAGAGGUGACGAUGUUGAUAACGAAUUCGAUUCGUCCGGUCCUAACUCCAAAUCAUUCGCUCUCCAUAUGAUCAAAUUGCACGGUCUAAAAUCGCAAAAACUAAUCGAGCAAGCUUAUGACAGAAUGACGUCACUAGUGACGUCAGAGGGCCUGCCACUAUACGAGGCCUGGAAUCGAACCUCCGUCGAUCUAGUGCAAGCCGCAGAGGCCUACACAAUUUCAUACGCCGUGAAAAGUUUCUAUGACGUCAUAAUGAGUUGUGGUAAUGAUCAAGAUGGCGGACCGGAUAGGGAUGAUGAAGAUUUGAAGAAUGUUCUUUUUGAUGUUCUCUGCCUGUUCGCCGUUCACUCGUUCGUCAGUAGUGUGAACGUUUGUUAUCAUCUUCUGACAGACAAACUACCAACCAGCAACCUAUCGGAUCUACGUCAAUCAAUCGACAAAAUGGUGGACAAAUUGGCGCCAAAUGCUCUAGCUCUCAGCGAUGGACUCGAUUUGAGUGAUGCCGAGUUGGACACUUGCAUCGGAACUUAUUGCGGUAAUACAGACGCUGAUAUAUUUAAUUACGUGGCUGAUGUUCAACCUUACAACGCUAAACCAGACCUCUUGAAACCAGUGCUGGAAGGUCUGAGAAACUACUUCAAACUGAGGUCGAGACUUUGA